GGCAACGGCGUGGAAUUUUGUCCGCCAAGCUGCUAGAUCAGAUCUGCCUUGCACCAACUCAGCAAUUGCCUCGCGUUCCUUGUGCGUUCUCCCACGCGUUAAUGCUCUAAAAGGAUUGCACUGCCUUUUUUGUCUCCUGGAACGAUACGGAGUGCGUUUGAUGUCUCUUUUAAAUAAAAGGUUCUCUUUCGUCUGGAAGAUCUCAAUUUCAGAUCUGAAAUCCCCUCUCCACCGUAAAGCUCGUGACAAUGGACGCCGCCGGUUCACAAUCCCUUCCAGAAGACAUAAUCAGAAACAUUCUCAGUCGAAUUCCGGCGAGAUCCCUGCUCCGAUUCCAAUGCGUGAGCAAACAGUGGAAGAGUCUCAUCAAAACCCCAUCUUUCAUCGCAGAACACCUCCGCCAACAGUCCCCCUGUCUUCUUUUCCCAAGGGGAGGAGAGUGUCUGCCUUUCGGGUUGCGUCUGCUCGAUUGCGAGAUGCAGGUCAGACCGGUGCAGGAGCCAUCUUCGGAUUCCGGCAGCACCAUCGUCCGGCGUGCCAGCAUCGUGGGUUCCAUCAAUGGCUUGCUCUGUGCGAGAAUCGUAGAUUCGACGCGAUCUGUUUCUUUCUUCUUGUGGAAUCCAGCAAUUCAGGAGCUCCGGAUGACUCCCGCAGUCACUGAUUCUGAUAAGGGUCACUCUGAUGUAGGGUUUGGAUUCAGUCCCAUUAUUAAUGAUUACAAGAUUGUGAUUUUUUGGUCUUCUGGUUCUCCUGUGGAAGUGUAUUCUAUGAUCUCAGGCACAUGGAAAGUAGUCGAACCUGAGGUUUCAAAGGGCAUUCGUGUUUGUUCGGAGGUCGUAAGUCCAAGUGUGACUGCAAAUGGGGCAAUUUUUUGGCUUGGGAAGAAGGAUGAUUUGCGUGCGAUAGUUUCAUUUGACAUAGCAUCGGAACUGUUCACAUUCAUUCCAUUGCCCGCCGCUGCAAUCCCCCUUUGGUGUUCUAAGCUUGUGAUUUACGAGAACAAACUCGCUCUGUUUAUUAAACGUUUGUUAUCGGACAACUCAAAAUCUGAAUCGAUUGAUUUCUGGGUGAUGGACGAGAGAUGGAGUUGGACCAAGAAAUUUAACACUGUCUUUCCUGGCAACGCAUAUCCCCUCAGGAUUUGGAAGAACGGAAUCAUCUGCGCGGUGUAUGAACGUGUUGGUGAACUAUCAGCACGGGAGGAAAAGGAACCCAGAAUUACUCUCUUCAAUGUCACUACUGGUGAACUUGCUAUUCGACGCCAGACCUAGGUACCGCCUCAUGUUACCCUGCUAUCGUCGGAGAGCAUCGCAAAGACUCGUCUCUGUCGGUACCUGCACCCAGAAGGUAGGGAUACCGGACAGGCGAUACCAAGGUAUCAAACCGAUGGUACCAAGGUAUUGUAUCACACCCAGUUACCGCCACAACCAAGUUCCUUUGUCGGUAGAGGCAUUCGGACGGUCGGAGGUACCGGACCGCCGGUACUUAGGUACUGCCCGGGGGUACCAGGGUACCGUGGCAGGUAACAUGAACAAUGAAUGAGAAAGCAAUUG